UCAGUCCCUGGAGAAGCAGACUAGGCUAGCCUGUAUUCUGUUUGAUAAGUAUAGAAGAGUGUUGAGCUACCACAACAACAACAGGCAAUGCAAUAGCAAAACAAUUUAGGAUUUUUGAAAGAUGGUUUUCGAAUCCCUGGUUGUGGAUUUGCUGAAUCGCUUUUUAGGACCGUAUGUGGAAAACUUAAAUAAAAACAGUUUGAAACUUGGAAUAUGGAGUGGAGAUGCAGUUCUUGAGAACCUACGCAUUAAGGAUGGAGCAUUGGAUGAGUUGGAGCUGCCGUUUCAGGUGAAAGCUGGUUCCCUUGAGAAAUUGACACUCAAGAUCCCCUGGAAGAAUCUUUACACGUCACAAGUGGUUGCCAAAAUUGAUGGCCUCUAUUUAUUAGUGGUUCCAAAGCAAGGGAGUUACGAUGCAGAAAAGUCGAAGAAGAACCAACAUGAGGCGAAGCAGAAGGCUUUGGAGAAAGUUGAACAAGCAAAAGAACAGGAGAAGACGCAGGAAUCCGAUAACAAGUCCGACACCUUCGCUGAAAAACUCGCAACUCAGAUUAUCAAGAACCUCCAAGUAGAGAUCCAGAAUAUCCAUAUCCGAUACGAAGACAAUGUUACCAACUCCCAAGCGCCCUUCUCGGCUGGCGUUUCCCUUCACAAUCUGUCUUUUGAGACCACUAAUGCAGAUUGGCAACCUUGCAUAUUAGAACAGGCAGUGAAGAUGGUCUAUAAGCUUGUGAAGUUAGAUUGUCUAGCCCUGUAUCUCAACAGCAACACUCGCCUGUUUAGUUCAAUGUCAAAAGAACAAUGCUUGAUGAGUUUGAAAUCAACCAUUGCAUCGCCUGGACACAUGGACCCAGAUUUCCAAUAUGUGGUUGAACCCAUAUCAUCUGAAGCUCAGCUAAAGAUAAACCCAAAACCUGGAAACGACUUGUCAACUCCCAAAGCGUGGUUGAAUCUUGUAAUUAAAAGUAUUGAUUUAACACUGAGGCAACAACAGUAUCAAAAUCUUAUUCAACUUUUGGAUUCCUUUGAGAGAAUGGUUCGUAACGAGCCUUACAUGAAAUACCGCCCAAAAGCUGUUUGUCGUGGCCAUGCCAAGUUGUGGUGGAAAUAUGCACAGACUAGCAUAUUGGAGGAGAAUGUGAGACGUAGACACAGAAUGUGGUCAUGGAAACACAUUAAGAAACAUCGAGAUCAAUGUCGUGGUUACAAAGAAGCUUACGGCAAAAAACUUGCAACAAGCAAACCUUCGAAAGAGCUUCUUUCUCAACUAGAGUCAUUUGAAGAUGAGUUAGAUGUGUUCAACUUGACCCUAUGCAGACAGCAGGCUGAGUUACAGUAUAAAAGAAAGAAAAAGAAGAAGGAAAAAGAGAAGAAAAAUUCAGGGUGGUUUGGUGGCUUCUUUGGCGGGAAGAAAGAAAAAGAAAAAGACGACAGCUUGGAAUUAAAUGAAGUUGCAGAAAGAAUGCAAAAUGCAAUGACAGCAGAUGACAAGGCCAAGCUGUAUGAAGCUAUUGGAUAUACAGAGGAAAUCCCAGACACAGUCUUUCCAAAGGAGUAUAUUGGAAUUCUUUUAAACUUUCACCUAAUCCAGACAUCUGUCAACCUGGUGGAUGAUACUGUAGCUGACAAGUGCAAUGUACUUGGCGUGCAAAUAUCUGACUUGAAAGCAGGUAUCAGUCAGAGACCAUCGGCAGACGCCAUCAGAGUUGAGGCCAAGCUGAACACCUUCAGUGUGUUUGGUACACCAGUGGGCAGCGAGCAGCCACAGAUGGUGGAGUCUCAGAAUUUGGAGGCAGACAAGAAGGUCGAUCUUCUGGAGGUGGAGUUUGAGACCAAUCCCCUUGACGGUAGUGUAGACCAGAGGGUUAAGGUGCUAACCAGACCACUCAAGAUUGUCUACGAUUCUAACACCAUCAAUCAAAUUGUGAAAUUCUUUGAGCCACCGCAAGAUGUACACCUUGAAGAGUUAUCAGCAGCUGCUGCUUCUACUAUUGAUGAGUUUACUGAGCAAUCUGCUACUAGCCUCCAGUACAUGGCAGACACUAAGACAAUUCUGGAUGUGACCGUUGACCUCAAGCCAUCCUAUAUCAUCAUCCCAGAAAACGGCGUCUAUUCAAAGAAUGGUAAGGUACUUGUUGCUGACCUGGGUCACUUUAGAAUGACCACCGAACAUGAAGUCAAAGUUGAUGCACCAAGAAAAGAAAAUGAAAGUCUUGAGGAAUUAAUGAAGAAGUCGUAUGAUCGUUUCAACAUGGAUUUGAAGAGUGUUCAAAUAAUUUUAGCCAACCAAGGUGAUGAUUGGCAGGCGGCUCGCAAACAGAUCCAAUCACCUCUUCAUCUACUACAACCAUUAAACCUUCAAAUUGCUCUGCACAAAUGCCUGGUAGAAGAUAACAGAAUGCCUAAGGUUCGUAUUUCUGGGGAGUUGCCAUCGCUUGAUGUUGACAUCUCUGAUAAAAAGUUAAAAGAUCUCAUCUCCUUAGCAACAAGUAUUCCCCUCCCAGAAACCAAGAGUCCAGACCAGAAACAAGCCGCUGCGGCAUCUAAGGCUUCAUUCAGUUCUUCAGCCAUCAUUCCAUUACAAUUACUGUCAGAAACAGGUGUCAAUUUAAAUGUCAACCUUGAUUCAGACGAUGAUGAUUCGGAUGAUGAUGAUUCGGAUGUUACGUCGGACGGAUAUUUCACACCAUGUGAAGAUCCUAUAACUGACAAGCAUGAUGGGGUGCAUAUAACCGACAAGCAUGAUGGGGUGGUGGAGAAACUAACCACUACUAGAGAUGUGGUUAUGUUUGAUACCAAGAAGUUUGCUAUAAAUGCACCUUCUGUAGCUACUGAAGGGGAGGAUGAAGAUGAGUUUUUAUCAGCCGAUGAAGGAGAUUUUGAAACUACAAAACCCAAAUUGAAGAGGGAACAGAGUCUAGGCUCUCAACCAAGGAGCAAUCUUGAGUUAGAUUUUGAAGUAAAAAGGAUCAUAUUAAAUAUCUGCCAGAACAAUGGAACAGUUGAUGUACCACUUCUUGCGAUUAACGUCAUAGGACUGGGAGCAAAGGUCGACCUGAAGCCAUGGCAGGUCACACUGGAUGCUUCCCUUGGCAGUGUUUCUGUGCAGCACAUGCAGAUGGAAGCAUUAGAUGGUGGUGAUCUGUACCUAGUGAAGACACCAUUACAAGCUGACACUGGAGAGAGGUUGAUGCACUUGAAUUAUCAGAAGAUCGAAAAGGAUAAUCCAGAUUUUCAUACUGUGCACAAUUCAACGGAGCAGAACAUACAAAUUGAGGUUGCCGGUCUGUCGCUAAUUGCUCAUGCUCAAGCCAUUCUCAACCUUGUGACAUUCUCUGAGCAAAUUGUUGCCAUGUUGGAUACCAAUCAAGAUGAGGAUAAGGCUCUUGAUGAAGGUUAUUCAAGUGAUAGCGACAAAAAACCAGUAAGGAAACGUCAAACUAGACCAUUACCAAGCAAAGUGAUUGAUAUUCAAUUGAUGGCAAAGCUGGAUGUCAUCUCAAUUGAAGCGUGCACAUGUGAUGCUGCCCUCGCACAUAUUGAUGUUAAAGGUGUGGAGGCUGGGGUGACUGUUCAGAAACACCAAACUAUAGUGUCAGCAAGUUUAAAAGACGUGGCAGUAAUUGAUCCUUCACCAAACACUAUCUAUCCAAAGAUUUUAUCCAUAGUAGAGAGUUCUGAAGUUUUUAAACUGGGACUAGUUGUACACAACAGCGCCACCGUUGGCCAGCAUUAUACAGACAUGUCAGCUGUGGACAUUAGUCUUGCACUCAGUGUCGGAUGCCUGCAGGCUGUGUUCGUCAACAAGUUUAUCAUGGAUUUACUACAAUUUGUAGAUCAUUUCUCAACUGCGAAGAAGGUGGUGAUUGAGGCUGGCGCAGAUGCAGCAACGUCUGCAGCCAAGACUAUGCAAGAGAUGCAAGCUGAAGCCAUGAGGGCGCUGUUGGAUGUGAACAUCAAGGCCCCUGUUGUGAUUAUCCCUCGUAGUUCAAAUUCUAAGAUGGCGAUAUAUGCAGAUCUUGGUCAGUUGUGUGUGAAGAACUCGUUUAAGAUCGCUGCAGGUUCUGAGGAUCUCGACGUGCCUGCUGUUAUUGAUACGAUGAGCAUUGAUUUAAGAAAUGUCAAAUUGUCAAGGGCUUUCAUUGACAAUGGUGAGGUGCAGGCAGAGUCACUGAUGUUAGAGCCAGCCAACAUGGAGCUAGAAAUUCAGAGAAACCUUGCAGCUUCUUACUUCACUAAACUUCCAGCUAUUACAAUUUCUGGCAAACUACAAGCCAUCAAUAUGCAUGUUGGUCCUGGUGAUAUUGGUCUAGCAUUUGGUGUCCUGAAUGAAAACUUGACAGAGGGGAAAGCAAGACCAGAUGACAUCACAGAGUCUGAAGAUGUGAAUACUAAAGAUGAAAAAAGCCUGAAGAAAGGUGCUAAGGACGGUGAGGGGGCUGACGAGAAGAAUGUAUCAAGCCAAUUAAGCCUGAGCUUUACCAUUGAGUCUGUUGGAAUAACUUUGUACCAAAAGUCCCCUGACCUUACCACCGGUUCAGGUGUCCAAAUUGCCAAAGAAGGGCUUGGGAGGCUGACUGUUCAUGGGCUAGAGGUAGAAGCUGAUAUGCUUACUGACGGCAGUCUCAGUGCUCAUAUGCACCUCAUUGACAGCAUUCUGGAUGAUAUAAGACCUGAGAGGAUUGAAGGAGUCACAAGAAUGUUUGGAAGAAAAGCUGAUACAGAUGAAGAGAGACAAAUGUUGGUAGUCAAGGUAGAUCAACGUAGCAAUGGAAGUAUCCUUAUUGUUGUAAACUUCAAUGAUGUGCAGACCUGUGUUUGUGUAGAAUUCCUGAUGACAAUGUCGCAGAUCUUCCUCAAAGGUCUGGAAGAUGGUGAGUCUGCUGACGUGAAAAAGAGGAGAGCAGAGAAUGUACAAGACAGCUCUCAGUCUGCUUCCCCAAGCUCUUUGGAUUUAUCCUUCCAUCUGAAAGUGGAGAAUCCAGAGAUAGUUCUGGUGGCUGAUUCUAGCCGCAAGGACACUAACUGUCUAGUCAUGAGAAGUAUUGGUGACAUGCGAUUACGUAUGAACUCUGAUGUGAUGUCUGUUAAUGGCGGGUUUUCACAAGUUAGCAUUAAUGCUUGUCCGUAUCUUGUUGAAAAUAGGAAAGGCAAGAUCAGAAAGGUAUUGAUCCCAUGUAACAUUGGAUUCCAGUUACAAGCACCAACCGGAGGAGCACAGCAUAUCAACGUAUCUUGUCAGGAAGUGUUUGUCAACAUCUCGCCAGCAACAGUAGCCAUUCUUGCAGCUGCAGCACAGGGCCUAACGCCACCGCCCGUGGAAGAAGAGCAAAAUGAUGAAGCACCAAAGGAUUUAUGGGGCAUUACUAAAGUAAAAGAUCAGAACUUUUGGUUUCUACGUGACGACACUGCUGAUGUUGAUGUGGAUGAGUUGUCUUUGAAGACAAUGUCUGACACGCUCCUGCCUGAAACUUCUAGAGGAGAAGAGUUGAUAUUCACAGUUGAAACCUUCGGUAUGAAGGUUGAAAUGCUCUGUGGAAGCAAAAUGCUACCAAUGCUGUCAGCCGAGGCCAAAGUUGAAGCUAUCAUCAAAGACUGGUCUACAAGGAUGAAGAUGGAAAGCACAAUAACUUUGGAAAUGUCAAGUUACAACGAGAAGACAGCAUGCUGGGAUCCACUCCUUGAACCCCUAGAAAUGCAGUCAGGAGGCCAUCGACCUUGGCACUUGAAUAUAUCUAUGUUGAAGAACGAUGACAUAUCGGAUGCCAGCAGCUCCACAGGAACCUCUACGACUUCAUCAGAGGAUGAAAGCAUCGAGUUUGCUCCGCCUCUAAUGAGUAUUACUGUCUCGUCCCAUGAUGUUAUGCAGUUGACGGUCACAAAAUCUUGUUUAACCAUGCUCAUGAAGCUCUCUGAGAUUUUUAGUGAAGCUCUAAGCAAAGGACACUCGGAAAUACAACCAAAGACGAAGGCGGCUGCUUGCACUAUCACCAACUCGAUAGGCGUGUCCAUCUACCUCACACCUGGAAAAUACUUUGAGAUUCCUGAUUAUGCAAAAGAUGGAAGGAUUCGGCUACAACCAGGAGAGGUUGUGGACCUUGACAUGUCGCGGGAGUUGAGUAGAAAGGCACCACUUAGGCUACAAUCUUUCAUGAGAAGCUCAACAGAAUCUGCAGAGCAAAGCAUCAACUUUCAGGUCGAAGGUUUUGAUGAAGUCAGAAAUGUUGUGCUGUCAAGGGUUGGACAUAUUCUAUACAACUUAAAGCCUACAACUAAGCAUAAAGCAGACAUGCUGUUGUCAGUCGCAUUGGAGAUUGAGGCGCAGAUGGAUUCCAGGUUCAUUGUCAUACGUUCCCCACUUCAGAUGUUUAAUCAUUUUUCCAUCCCAAUUGAAGUGUUCAUUCGUGAAAAUAAUGCCAUGAGGAAUAUAGGUGUGAUUGAGCCUGAGAAGCGGUUCCCAGUACCACUCUAUGUGGCCCACACUCAGGAUCUCUAUGUGAAGCCCAAAGGAGAGUACAAGAUGUGUUCUACUCCCCUGAAGUGGAAGGAUUUGCUUGCUCAAAAGAAACAAGGCAGAAAGUAUGUAAGCUUCAGCUGUGACUGGAAUGAGCCUGGAUACACACCAUUCUGCUUCAAUGCAAUCACUGAGAUGGAUAAGCUACGCUAUGUGAAGGGGUCAUCGAUUCAGUCUCCCAAGUACAUAAUUCAUCUACAUCCUGCGGUCAUGCUGAGGAACCUCCUGCCUUUCCCAGUCUACUACACUCUUGCGGGUACGGAUGGUAAUAUAUGUAUUGAGAAAGCCAACCAGUCUUCCUUACUACAUGUUGUCAUGGGCAAAACCAUGAUGCAUAUGAGGAUCGAAAAUUACAUGGGUAUGGAUUGGAAUGGAGAAAUCACAUUGAGAGAAACAUUGAAAACUCCACUUUUCCAGUGGGGCUUCCGAGGCAGUCGUCAGGGACACGAUAACGUCUGGCUCGAGGUGGGCGUUUGGGCGGACUACAGCAGCGGGUAUCUGGACAUGGCAAUCUACAGUCCUUAUUGGCUGGUCAAUAAAACUGAGCAAACACUUCGAUAUAGACUGCCAUUGCUAAUGAAGGGAUCCCAAGAUGAGAUCAUUGAGCAUGCAGCUGAUACCAAAGAACCAAUUUUAUUUUCUUACCCAAGCAAGAAAUCCACACCUGGAAAAAAUAAGACAACGAUCACUAUGCAGAUAUGCGACUCUGAUUGGUCAGAUAAGUUUUCAUUGGAUACGGUUGGUAGUUCAGGCUUCAUCACAUGUUCUGGAAAAGGACAAAACUACAAUAUUGGUGUGAAGAAUCAGUUCAGUAACUUUGGAUUGACUAAGAUCAUUGUGUUCACACCUGAGUAUUUGCUUGUCAAUCACUCUGAACAUGACGUCAUCUGUAAGGAGCUCAGCGGCCCAGAUUUGCUACAGUAUGAUGUUGCUAGUGGCCAGUGUAUUCCAUUUUGGCCAGUUGACCAUUCAAACCAUCGGAAACUUGUUGUGAAAUUGAAGGGACACAAGCACUUCUCGGAACCAUUCCUGUUCACAGACCCUCACACUACUGUGUUGAAGAUGGAUCAGGAGGUCGGUGGAAUAACAGCAGAGACGCAGCUGACUGAGACUGCUAGGGUAGUAGCUAUACAUGGCUUUAAGCAGGGUAAUUUCACAGUUAAGCUAGUCAACACAACCGAAUAUGAAGUACAAUACAACCAACAAGGAGUGGCUGAUGUAUCACCUCUAGGCCCAGGUGAAUGUAUUCUGUACACCUGGCAGGUACCAACUAGAGACAGACAACUGGUGUUAAAGAUUGCUGAUAAAACAAUCAAAAAUGACCUUGUCAAGGAUGGUAUCGGAGAGAUUAUUCGACCGAAGGAGCGAAUUUAUUGGGUGUCGUUCCUUGAUGGCAGGCAACGCAUACUUCUGUUUACUAAGGAUCUUGUCAUUGCUACAAAAGCUCAACAGGCUGGUGAGCUGGAACAAGUUAAUAUGGAAUUGAAUCUCAGCUUGGAGGGAGUAGGACUUUCAAUGGUGAACAAUUACACUCGCACUGAAGUGGCUUACGUUGGACUGACAAGCUCUGGAAUCAUCUGGCAAGCUAAGCAGAGGCGUCGUUUCCGAGAUAUGCCCGGUGGCCAAGUAGCGCUUCUAGAGACUGAAUAUCAGAAAUACGAACUUGAGCAGCAACAAGAUAAAAAUGCCCCACCUGCAGUGUAUAAGGCCGGUAACAUGGAGAUCGACUUUGAAAACUUGGUGAUGUACAACCCAAAGCGACACCACAUCAAACGAACCCACCAUCCAGGGGUGUGGGCUCAAGUGAAGGUCUCCCCUCAUCAGUUACAAUUUCAUCUCAAAACCCACCGCAUUCAGAUGGACAACCAGACCAAGACGCCGAUUUUCCCAACGGUACUCGCCCCUGUUGCACCGCCAAAAAGUGUAGCAACUGAAAACGCACUGAAACCAAUGAUUGAAGUGAGUUUGUUGAUGGGGUAUGCUGAGCAUAGCAAUGUCCAGCAGAUCAAACUCUUCCAAGUCUUGAUUCAGGAGAUGCAUGUGAAGUUGGAUCAGGGCUUCCUUAGUAAUUUUAUAAACUACCUGCAACCUGAGACAGAAAUCGAAGGAAAGGAAUAUCUAAAAGUCUUGAUGAGAUUAACUUUAUUUAAUAUGCCAAAAAUCUUCUUAAGACUUGGUUAUUUUGAACGACGCUUCAAGUUCUACAGCCAACCACAGCUUACGUUGGAGUUAACAAAGCACUAUUCAAAUCAAGCCGUCAAGCAGUUGUAUGUGUUGGUACUAGGCCUAGAUGUGAUCGGCAAUCCGUUUGGCUUUGUACAGGGCAUGGGUGCUGGAAUCAAGGACUUGUUCUAUGAACCAUAUCAGGGUGCUGUUCAAGGCCCUGAAGAGUUUGCUGAAGGUGUGGCCCUGGGCAUGAGGAGCCUGUUUGGUCAUGCUGUUGGUGGAGCUGCUGGGGCAGUAUCCCGUAUCACUGGUACGCUAGGUAAGGGGCUAGCAGCCCUGACCAUGGAUGAUGACUAUAAGAGGAAAAGACAACAAGCUAUAAAUAGGCAGCCUAAAACCCUCCAAGAAGGAUUUGCCAGAGGUGGCAAAGGACUUGUUAUGGGAUUUGUGGAAGGCGUCAGUGGUGUUGUCACAAAGCCAGUGCAAGGUGUCAAGAAGGAAGGGGCCAAGGGUUUCUUCAAAGGCAUGGGUAAAGGUCUGGCGGGAAUAGUAGCCAAACCCACCGGCGGUGUAAUUGAUUUUGCCAGUAGUACAUUUGAAGGAAUUCGCAGAGCAACAGAGGUUUCUACGGAGGUGAAGAAGUUACGUCCCGCUCGUUUCCUACACCCUGAUCAUGUGGUGCGGCCGUAUGUAUUAUAUGAGGCCACGGGUAAUUGUUUACUGCAAGAGAUAGACAAGGGCAAGUUUGCUUUGACUGAUGACUAUGUUGAUCAUCUGCAGGUGAUGAAAGAUUGCAUUAUGCUCCUUACUGACAGGAGAAUUAUAUACAUUGUUAAACAGGAUGUUCUUGGAGGCUGGAACGUUGCAUGGCAUCACACAUGGAAGGAAUUGAAGGAGCCACCGGUACUUAUGGAAAAAGGAAUCCAGGUUAUACCAAAGGAACAAGAACAGCCUGUGAAACGAGGACCUCUGGGACGCCCUCUAAAAAUUGCAAACUUGAUGAAAGGCAAAGGACCACAAGGCAAGAUUGUGCUUAUAAAUAACAGAGAUGUUGGACGGCGAUUUGCUUCCAAGAUGCAAGAAACGUAUGCAAAGGCCCUGAAAAUUAUCCAGUGAAUAGAGGCAUCAAAAUUUGUAUAAAACACCUGAAAACCUGAAUUACAAGGUUUUUUUUAUGUGUCAUGGAAGCGGAGAGGUUAUUACCAAGAUGGCAAUGCCAGCUCCAUGCUAUAUAAACAUUGAGAGUUUAUCUGAUCUAAUUAUUUUGGGGACUUCUUUCAGCUACAAUUUUAUUUUGACAAAUUAGUUUGUAUCACAUUGUAAAUGAAAUACUGCAAUUAGCAGCUUCAGUAAAGAAGUGAUGAUCAAUAUUUUUCCUAAGAAAAACUUGAAUUAGUUUAACAAAUUGUUACUAGAAUAUUUCAUUUGUACCAUGCUUAGACAACCAACAUAUUUGGUGCUUUUUUGUAUAUUUUAUUAAUGAUAUAAUUAUAAUUUUUUUUGAUUUAUGAUGUUUAAAUUUGUUUAUUAAUUUGAAAUAUAUUGCGAGAGCAGUACUAGUGUAUACAAAACUUUCCCAAAAAGCCAAAUAUAUCAAGAAAAUGAUUUAUUAUUAUUGUUAUUUUAAUUAUAAUUUUAUAGUUAAUAGUAUUAUCAUUAUUGAUAGUAGGAUAUUUGUUGCUCUAUGUGCACGUGUAGUCAGGUAUCUAAUUUCUUGUUAAACAUUUUGUAUGACUACAACAUAAAAUAUUUUCUUGUUUUUUUUUAACAAAUACAAAAAACAACCACCAUUACUAUUGAUCAGGAUUUAAAGUAUAUUGAAAAUUAUUACAUCAACUGUGAAUGGAGCAUGGCAAUGCUAAAUAAUUAAUAUUAGUUAAUUGAUAAUUUCUCUGGUAGUUAAUAAUACAUAUGAUUGUGUAAUUGAAAUAUAAAUAAUGCAUUUUCUAUAGUUCUCUAUCAUGAAGAUAAGAAGAAAAGACUUCAUUAAAUAUGAUAAUUUAAUAAUUAGGCCAAAAGAAAAAUGUUUGUUUGCCCUCCUCCACCUGCUCCUAACUCACUGAAAAAAUAGGGCAGAUAAACAAAAAAACUUUAAAAAAAAUGUGAGUG